UACUCACUGUGUGUGUUUACUUUUUACGCAUAGCAAAACAUAUGGAGUGAAAAAUAUCAAGUUGGUCUAAAACUUGCUUCUUCAUAUAAUUUAAAAGUAAACUUUCAACCAAACCUUUUGUGAUAACUGCAAUUCGGAAAAGUUCUAAAAUGGAAACGGAGAAAUCGCGUAAUCUAUCAGAAUUCAAGAAAUUCAAAACUUGUGAAGAGUCGCGCAAGACGUACACAUCCAUUGAACAAAUCAAGACAGAAGCUGCGAUCGAGCGGUUCUACGACCGUUACGAGCAACUGGCAGCUGUUGAUCCGUUGCUUCCGCGGCUGAUGCGAACCGAACAUGCCUGUUACCUGGAAUCUUCACUGGAACGGCUGUCCUCCGGAUACGAGUGCUUGGACAGCAGCCGUCCCUGGUUGGUUUAUUGGAUCCUGAAUGCGGCCAGCGUGCUGGGGAUCAAAUUCACCGACUCGCUUCUGAAUCGGGUUGUUGACUUCCUGAUCAAAUGUCGUGGUCAUGAUGGCGGUUUUGCAGGAGGACCUGGACAGGACCCCCAUUUGGCUCCCACUUAUGCGGCGGUUAACGCUCUGUGCAUUAUUGGUUCUGAGAAAGCACUCAACGCCAUCAACAGACGAACGUUGAAAAAGUUUCUCUGGGCAGUUCGAGAGCCGAAUGGUGCGUUCCGUAUGCACGUAGGAGGUGAGCUAGACGUGCGAGGGGCUUAUUGUGCAAUUUCUUCGGCUAAACUAGCAGCCUUCUCCACCGAUGAUGAAUUUAAACUUUUCGAUGGCACGGCUCGCUGGAUUGCGGAAUGUCAAACGUACGAAGGUGGUUUUGGUGGAGCGCCGGAUUUGGAAGCCCACGGUGGGUACUCGUUCUGUGCAGCUGCUGCUUUGGCUAUACUGGGUGGAGAAGACAAGUGCGAUCUAGAUGCAUUACUUCGAUGGGCAGUCAAUCGACAAAUGGCUUACGAAGGUGGUUUCCAAGGACGAACCAAUAAACUGGUAGACGGGUGCUACUCGUUUUGGCAAGGAGCCUUAAUUCCAAUCAUCCAGAGUUUGAUUGCCAGAAGAGAAGGGCGACCAGAAGUUACUUACUCGGCCUUGUUCGAUAGGAUGGCUCUGCAAGAAUACGUUCUGAUAUGUUGUCAAAAGCCUUCUGGAGGCUUGAUUGAUAAGCCUGGAAAACCGGCUGAUCUGUACCAUACAUGCUACACGCUUAGUGGUGUAGCAAUUGCUCAGCAUUGUGAAACUGUUCACCCACCAAUGGUUCUGGGUCAUGAAAAUAAUGAACUUCUCCCGACUCAUCCAGUGCAUAAUAUUCCACCAAAAGCGGUGAUCGAUGCUUACAAGUACUUUUUGCAACAUGAAUUGAUGGAAGCCGAUGCAGAGAACAAGACAGCAGCUGCUACAAAUGGGCACUGUAAUGGUGCAACGGAACAGAGAGCUCCGCAGGUGGACGUAGAAAUGGAAGAUGAUCAACAGAAUUUGAUUAAUUCUGCAGAAAGUUCGCAUUCACCAACUCCCAGUGAAAGGGGAUCGGUAACUAUUGAUAGUUCGUGCAGCAGCGAGCGUUCGUCAGAGGAACGGUCACAGCCACAGUCACAGAAUUAGGGACAAAGAGCUUUUAUCUAUGGCUUGUCUAAUUAACUUAUUGUCACUGAUAACUUUUGUUUAUUGAACUAGAGAGCUCACGUAAAAAAUUGUAGGUCCAAUAAAGCACUAUUUUUCUAAAGUUUCAAAA